GUUCGUCAUUUCGAAGCGUAGCACGGGCGGAUGAAUAAAAACAAUCCACAUUUGAAAAAGUGAACUCAACCAGUGAAGUUGUGGCACGUGCUUCGCUCCUGCGUGGAUACGCUUUCCUCUCAAAACCAUUUCUAUUCCCAAUGUGUCGUUCAGGACGGUGUUCCGUAUAGCAUAAACCAAUACAAACAUUGCAUCAAAGCAAUCAGAGUAGUGCAAGUGAAAAAAGAAAAAAAAAACAAACGUAGCAGGCAGUGAGGAAAAAAAGAAUCAGUACAAUUUUCUUUUGCUUGUGUCACGCCAUUUUGUGCAUUUGUGCAGUGUUUCGGGGAUUUUUAUAGAAAAGUAAAAGUUUUUUGUUUUGUUAAUCGAUCUACUGACAUUCUAAAGGCUGGUUGUGCUGCCCGUUUGUUAUCAUGGCAGAUAGUUUGGUGGAAACGCCCACAGCCAGUUCGGCUCAUUUAAUGAACCUUAACGUAAUUAACACGAUGUCGACCAGUGCGGGCGAUCCGGGAAAUUCCGCUUCCUCGUCGUCGUCGUCGUCGUCCGCUGCAUCGUCGAGUGUGGCCACGUCGUCUGGUUCGAAUGUGUCGGCCAAUGGAUCCGGCACAAUCGAAUCGCCCACUACCGGUGGUAGCAAUAGUACUAGUGGACGAUCACCGACGGUAUUGAUCUCGGUUAGUGCUACGACAAGCUCGCAAACUACACGCCAGUCAAGUUUGGCCUCCGAUCUGCUGCUGAAUGAGAUGAUAAAUAUCGCUCAUCAUCGUGCCUCUAUCGCGAACAAUGGCAACCAACAGCAGCAGCAACCGUCGUCCUCUUCGACCCCGAUUGCCCCAUCCUCUUCGUCCACCGUAUCCUCCUCCGGUACGCCGGUCGUUAGUUCACAGUUAUCCUCUGUACCUUCUACCGGCGAACUGACCCCAACCAUUAUCACGCUAUCCGCGACCCCUUCGUCGUCGUCGUCCUCGUCGUCGUCGUCCUCCGUGCAGCAGCAACCGCUUGAGCUGCUGCACCGCGAAACUCCCAAACAGGCUCCGGCCAACCGCAAUGUGGGCUCCACGAUUCAUGGUCGGUCCGCCGAUGAACGGGGCAACACGGACGACUGCGGUGAACCGGAGGCGAAGCGCAAAAAAGUCGACAAACCUAGUGCAAAGGUGGAAAAGUUGGAGCUCCGUCUCGGCGGUAUACUAUGCUGCGCCGUUUGUCUGGACCUACCGAGGACUGCCAUGUACCAGUGCUCCAUGGGACAUCUGAUGUGCGCCGGAUGCUUCACCCAUUUGCUGGCCGAUGGAAGACUGCGCGAUCAGAAUGCCACCUGUCCGAACUGUCGCACAGAGAUAAGCAAGAACAACUCGUCGCGUAAUUUGGCGGUCGAGAAAGCCGUGUCGGAGUUGCCGGCCGAAUGUCAGUACUGUUCGAAGGAGUUUCCGAACAAAUCGAUCGAUUAUCACGAAUCUACCGAGUGUGAAGAUCGUCCAACGGAUUGCAAGUAUGCUCGGAUUGGUUGCCAAUGGCGUGGCCCAAUACAUGAGGUGUCAACGCACGAGGGAAACUGUGCGCAUCCGAGAAAGUCCGGCGCUGAUGUGAUGGUUGCCCUGCAGGCACAUGAUGUUAAGGCGGCUGAGGAUAAGAAACUGUUCCUCACUCUGAUCGACUUGCUGAGCUAUGAGAAGAUCAUUUUUAACGAUUUGCAGCUGAAACCGUACCGAACGGAUGAAUACGUCCAUCGUUUGUACUAUGAAACGAGUCGUUUCUCUGCCUUCAAUCAUCAGUGGGUAGUGAAGGCGAUCAUCAACAAAAGCCAGCGCGAUCCACACGAGUCUUGUGAGCGCGACAUUACUUAUCAGCUCAUCCUGAAAUCGAAAACAACAAGUCCGUUACCGAUGCACUUCUUUGUGCUUCGUGGUCCAUUUUCUGAUAUUAAGGUUGAGACACAAAUCUACAAGCAUGAUUUCGCCGACACGGAAACGGAAAGUCCGUUCAAGCUUCUGCCCCUGCCGGACACUGCCGAGUGUAACCGGCUGCUAGCGGCAAAAGCAAUCAAUUUCCGGUUAAUUAUGUUUUUAGCCUCCAAGUAAAAAAGGCAAUGUUGUAUCGCGUACUGCGUGGAUUAGACAACGCGAGGAACGCAUAACUAUUCUGCAGCUUUGGAGUUUUGAUCACCAUACAUACACAUACUCUUUUGAUAACUUUACUUCUAUCCCAAAUUAAGUUGCGUGCACAUAUGAUCAUUGACUCGCGUGAUAUUCAGUCCCAUUUCUGGAAGAUGGUCUACAAAUGAAAUCCAUUUUUGCUAUGCUAGUUUAUGUACUCUUGAAUAACGUGAAAUGUAAAAGAAUCUUUAAGUUUUCAUCGUUUUAUUUUGCGUAACAUAUUAUGAAAUGUGCAAUUUUGCCCACUAGGAAAAAGGACCAAAAAUUUGGACGCUGUCAGCGGAUAGCAUUUUUUUCUUCUCUGUUGUUCAGGUAUAUAUUGGUAAUCCCUGCAGUGAAUGUACUUUGGUUUGCAACGUAAAACGACAGUUUUAAGCUGUUGAUAAAAAUGUAAACAAUUCAAACUAAUAUAAACCAACCUAUAAUGUGCUAUAGCCCAUCAACAGUGAAAGUAGGAUCAACUGGUUUUAUCUCAUUGCUCGAAGGCCGCAGCUAAAGCAAAGGUAUCGUGAGAUAAAGAUUAGUAUUACGUUGCCAUCUUCACGUUUAAAGUAAAAUAAUGCAUGCAAAUAAUUAGCAGUAAACUAGAUUACAUUACAGCGAACCCCGUUGUGGAUAUAAUUCGAUUAGAAUCGAUGAUAUCGUUACAAAUGGAACUCCAGUUUUGUUUGGAGGUUUUUGUUUUUUUUUUCAUCUCCCUAUGGUAAUACUUGUUACGGUUAUUGGAAGGAGUUAUUUCUAAUCUAUCUUAACAAUUUACUUCGUAAGCAUAUAUUAGAAGUCGAUAAGCUUAUAUAAAUUCAGAAUGUGUGAUACAUGAAUUUUGCAAAGAUUGAAUAAGCAGCAUCCAGCAGGUUUCCAAUGAACCGAGGAGGGGAGCACACCUUGAAGAAACCCUUUAAUUUGAGAAUAGUUGCGAAGUAGAGAAGUUUGAACUUAUUUGAUCACUUUGUUUGUAUUAAAAUGAUUAUCUAGUUUAUAAAUUUAUGAUACAGUUGAAACCCAUAAUGAAACCAUACAAACACCUCGGAAAAGCAGUUUUGAAAGAUAAGUGAACAGAAUUACUCUACAGUGUUCGUGAUACAAAAGACGAAAACAUCAAAAGAACAUGUAUAAUGUUCCGAAAAUAACAUCAACGUACCAACUAAAAGACAACUGACCGUUAGAUUAAACGAACGUUGAUUCAAAUUAUGGUACUUUUCGCGCACACAACCGAUCGGUACAAGCGAGUUUCAACUGUUACGUUCAUAAUUUUUCAAUGUAAAACAUGCAUUAGGUGAUAAGAUGUGCCCAAGAGCUUUUUAUAUUCAUAUGUAUUUUUUGCCAACUUACCCAAAUUUGUCUGUAACAUAGUUUUACAAUAUUCUCUUAUCGCUGUCACGCAUCUAAUUGCUAGGAAAAUAAGAAUAAAUAUAUUUUGUUUCUUUAAAUGUUAA